AUGAUUUCGGCCAACUUUGCAAUUGACAAGGGUCUUCCCGAGGUUUCGUUUCAGUUUAAUGAUACAAACCUUUAUAAGUCAAACAGGAAUGAUAAGCUGGAGCACAAAAUCUCUUCUGAUAUCACCAAAACUGGGCGAAUCCAAUCGGGAAUAGCCGUAUUCGAGUCGCAACGUUGCACGUUUGUUGAGGAUACAGGCACCUCGUAUGUUUCCAGAUUGCCUUUUAAUGUGGAAGCUGCAUGGCCACUCAGAUGUGGUGUCCUUUUGGAAAGACGUAUACUGUGCUCUGAAAGGUAUUCUGCUUGUCGCCAAACCCCAGUGUUGGGUGUCGGUCCGAGCAACUUGCUCAAUAGUCCUUUUCACGCAGCCAGUGUCUCUGUGGACUCUCCUUCAUUGUUUACUAUUUUUUUAAUGUCUCAUCCUCUUGAUGAAAUGAGUCCUGUUCUACUAAAGAUACCAGGUGCUAACGGUUCUUCGGCACGUAUGUGUUUUGCAAAUGAUGAAAACCAAAAAAUCGUGGGUAUCGUCGAUACCCUUGGUCUCGUUGUUAUUGUUAACAAAAAGUCAGGCUUUCAUUCGAUUUGGCGGCUUGAAAAGGCUCAGGUUGAGGAUUACGCCCAUCUUUAUUUGAUUGAUGAUGACGGCAGAAUCACUGUGGCUCCGGAAUCUUUAGCAGUGCCUCUCCAACUGGAUGUGGCUGCUCCCUCCACUCCGGCUGACUUGAAUCCAUCUAUAACUUCUUGCACGUUUCGUCAGACUACGCCUCUCCGACAUCGGUUUCAACACCUCUCUAUCGGCUCCUCUCCCUUUCUUAGCCCAUUUAGGGCCUCGUUGCAAAAGCUCAAAGAGAUGGCAAGGGCGCCCCUGUCUCAACCACGGGCUUCUAUCUUUACAGACUCGAACAGCGACGAUAGCAGUGAAAGUGUUCCAGACCUGGCUACAUCAACCUCUCAACCAGUUGACUUGGAUGAGCACAUUAGGCGUCUCUCUGCAGUUAGUUUUUUCCCGUCAAAGAGGAUUGUCGAUGAUACUCAUCAUUUGAUCACUCAAAGUAGCUUCCAGAACACGACUUUUGGGUCGGAGCCUCUCCAGUCUUUCCGAAAAAUUCGACGCAAUUCUAAAAGCGGCGGCUUGUUUAACAAUUCGCGAAGCAGGCACAAUUCAGUGAACCUCGGUUACUCCUCGAUUCCUGGCGUUUUCGCAACAUCCUCACAUCCUCAUUUUGAAUUUUCUCACGGAGGUGAUCUGGAGGGUGGUGCUCUCGGUGUCGACGAGCCGCUACUUCCCAAAGUUUGCCUAACCCUCAUUUGGACCGAAAAGUCCGAAGGACAAACUACCCUACGUCUGGACGAAACAUCCAGCCCACCUGUGCAUCCGCGUGUUGCAGCCUUAUCUUCCCGAUCCGCCGCCCGCCCCUCAUUACCUCAAGCGCAAAUACAAAUUAAACAGAAUGUGAAAGCUGGCCGAAGUUACCAAAUAACACCAAAGAUGGGUCCUCAAAGGCCGAAUGUCUUCUUGGUUAGGGACCUGAUUGAUCGAUUCUAUGUCUGCCUUCUCAGCGGAAACCAAAAACUCACAUGUCUAAGCCUCAAUGACGUCGAGCCUUUGAAAGAAAAUGAGCAACUAUCAGAUUCCUCUGUAUCAUAUCUUCCUGCUGUUGAUGCGGUUUAUGUUCCAGAAUCGAGAUUGACCGCGUGCUUGGAGCCAAACGGGUCGAUUAUUCUCUAUUCGGGUAUUACAAAGGUAUGCAUACUUGGAGUGAUCCCUGCAUUGGUAUCCCCAUUGCCAUCAUCAGCAGGAUUACACUCAGGCAAUCUUCGUCCACUUUCUGUUCGACCGCCUAAGUCCGAUGUCGAUGUGUCUUUGGCCAAGGCUAAAAUAGCGCGGUUGCUUUCACAAUUAAAUGAUGGAGGCCACGUCCCAGCUAUUUCAGAAUCCCAAUUACAUGCGAAUUUGGAAAUUACUACGUCACAUUUGUCUUCUGUGCCUGUGACUUCGUUGGGGACGAAGUCUGAUUCAACUUGGCGCUUGUGCCUGCCGACAGGGCACCAAUUUACGCUUGCGUUUAUGAAACAGGUUCAGGAAAGUAAUGAAGAGGGUUGUAAGAUCCGAUUUCAGGUUUUUGAAAGAGGACUGGAGAUACAUCUACCCCUUCUCGCAAACAUCACCCUUGUUCGUCAUUGUUUGGACGCUUUUCGAUUUGGUCUGCCAGGAGAGGUGGCUCUGUACCUUCUGUCUCGGUGGUUUUGCUAUCGAAAUCCCCCAAACGUCGACACUGGCACCUGUGAACUCGCCUCUUUUGCCCGAUUUCUCCUCAUUAUGUUCGGCCUUAUUUCCGAAAGUGAUUCUGUUCCCACCUCUCCUGUAGAAACUGAUACCGCAAACAUAAAGCGGCUAAGAGAGAAGACAGACAUCUCUUUAGAAACUCACGAGGACGAUGAUAUCAUCGGUGAACUGUUAAAGAGAUUGGAAGGUUCUCCCGUGGAUUUUGUUUCUGCAAUCCAAGGCAGGGAUUUAAUGCGAUGGCAGAUCUUGUGCCACCUACCAGAUGUGUUGUUCUGCCUCCACAUGGUCUUUGAGAUGCAACACGUUUUUUUCUGUGCACAUUUUUUGAACAAACUGUGUAAAUUAACCGUUAUCACGCCACCGCUUCCAUGCAGGUAUGCAAGGUUCUCCUCCUACGUCGAGUACUAUUCAAUGUCGGGUUUAUCUAGCCUAACUCCUGAUGACCUAUUCUCGAUCCCUCAAUUGCCUGCAGAAAUGAUGGAAUAUCUCCUCUGGUCAUCACAUGCUCGACUAGCCUAUCGGACGGUACCCUCUUUGAGUCGGUGGUACCUGUCGAUCCUGUCUGAGGAGAAUCCACCUGCUCCCUAUCUGUACCUUGCCGGUGUGAACGAUACAUCCGCUGCUCUAGCUACUCUUGUUUUAUGCACUCAACAGAGUGGAGUUAUAGGACAGGGUGUUGAUUCGCUCCGUCACAUCAUCAACCUUUGGACGGACAAAAUUGGUCUGAUCGGCUAUGAGAAAAGUCAGCUGGAGCAAAGUGAUACCUCUGAUAUCAUCAACGAGGCCUCAAAAAACCAAAUUCUCCUUGCCUUCAUGACUGCGUUUGUCAAGGCAGAAAUGGGAAAGUCCACUUCUGUGUCCAAAGGCGUUAUUUCCUACCAGCGGGCAGUUCUGUUUCUCAAUGAGCUAGGCAUUCCAUUGUCGAAGAAAUUGGCUCAGAUGCCAUCGGCCUACGCCAGUAUAAUUAAGACCACUCUGGUCAAAUGUCUGGCUCGUCCGCCCUCGAAUUGCUCGCCUGACAUCUAUCGCCUAAUUGGUCGUGUUGACAUGGCACGUCAAUUUGAAAUCAUGCAAAGCCCCAGUCCCUUGUCUAGCAGACGCAAACACACCUCCCACAUCUUAUGCUCUUCCCCUGUGGGUUCUCGUCAUACUGAUUGGCCUGAGAACAGUUGCAGCCAGGCUCUAAAUCCUGCUGAACGUUGGACCAGUCUUGUGCGUCCUCUCUUAUCCACUCCAAGUGCUGACAACGCUCCGAAUAGUUCUUAUGUUGGUAUGAUGGCCUCCAGACAUUUUCUGCUCACCACUCUGGAGAAUAGUUCCUCUUGUCAGGUUGCCUUCGAGGAUCUUCGUUUACAGGAAGCCUACAAGAUGCUACAAACCAGUAGUCAUAUUUGGCUUCCACGGAGCUGUACUGACGAGUCAGCAUUUGGGCCACAGCUGUUUCCUCAACCCAGCAACAGUAGUAGCGAGGCCUCCUUUCUCUUAAAUAUCGCCAAAGCGCGACUAGACAUGCACCUGGCAGCUGCCUGCCUGCGCACCUCAGCCCAGCCCUUGGGAAAGGGCAUGCUAGGCCUUGCCAGUCUAGUGGCUUCACCCCCACCUCUCUUGGUUGUGUACCCGCUGUGCCUCCGCGGCAGAGUUGUAGCUUCUUCCUCCUCCCUCUCUGCCCUUCCAAUGCAUCAAGACCUGGCUCGGGGCAGUUUGGUUGAGAACAGGCGUCCAACUGCCGACGUAACUACUGGCUUCGCUGCGUCCGACCACCCUGGCAAUGCCACUGCCCUCGCUAUCGUAGCAGCUGUUGUGGCCACUGGUUGCGCUGGUUCACUUAGGACCGCCUGCUCCCUAUCACGUCUUAUGAGCCCAACUGAUGCAAGCACGCUUGCCACUGCCGGCGCGGAGGGCGGAGGUGCAGUAGCACGCCAGUUGGUAACCACAGCCUCCAGCGCUGCGCUCUCUGCUGCCUCUGCUGUUUCCUCCAGCAACCUGCCUCACGCUCCUGCCGUAUUAGCUGCACAACACUGGCCAGAGUUUCAUAAUGGGGUGGCCGCUGGUCUCAUGAUCUCACCCCAUGCUUCGAUUGACGCCACGUGGAUUGUGCAGAACUGCAAGGCAAUUGCUCUCGGAGCUUCAACCUCUGCAGACGCUCUCAACUCCACACCUCCUUCUGCGUGUCCCUAUUCACCUACUGAAGCCGGCUUCCUCUUUGGUCUCGGCUUGAAUGGUCAUCUGAACAAACUCUCGCCUCACCAUAUCCGGGAGUUCACUAUUCAGGUGCAUGACCUCAACAAUGCUGCUGUUAUACUGGGUCUGUGUGCUGGUAAACGUGGAAGCAUGGACCAAGGUGUUCUGCGAUUGCUUGCUGUCCACUAUCGGCCUCUGUUGUUACCGGAGCCAGUUUUGGUGGACAUGAGCGUACCCUCAUUGUGUCAGGCUGCAGCUGCAUUUGGAUUGGGCCUCCUGUUCCAGGGUUCUGCUCAUCGACACAUUGCUAGCAUCCUGCUCACGGAGUUGGGUAGACCUCUGGGCUGCUCUCAAACGGGCACUGGUGCCAAUGCGGCUAUUUCUAACGACCUUGCAACAGUUGGUGGAGAGGUCACAAAUAACAACGAUCCUUCUGUUUCUGAUGUAAACGGUUUUAAUGAUCCCAAGGUAGCAACUGCUGGCGGUGCGGGUGGCUUUGCUGGCGAUAAUCGCGAACUUAUAUCUCUCUCCGCCGGCUUUGCUUUAGGCUUGGUCUUACUGCAACGGGGCGAUUCACCAUGUGGACUGUCAGAUCUAGCUGUUGCGAAAACGCUUUAUGCAUACAUGACGGGUGGGCGCAGAGACUCGAGUUUUUAUCAAAUGGACGCCUGUUUUGAAGGUCCUGAUCAGACAGUUGAUGCCCUCUGCAUUGAAAUUCCUCGACCGCUUGCAGGUCGUCCGUUGGCGAAGUAUCUUCAACCACAUCUAUUGGCCGUCUCGGGUCGAUCCCGUAUGCUAAUGAAGAAACCGCACUGUGACGCCUCUAUUCUCACAACACCCAAUUGUGUUUCCUCCAUUCCCACGGAGGAGCUUGCUGAUUUGGGUCUUCCGAACCAUCUUGGAGCAACUCAUUCUGCUAACGCCAUCUCGAUUUCUGAAUCGAAUCGAAUGCUUGCUUCUGUGGAUCCCUUGGAAUCUGUUAUACAAGAAACCCUACGUCGGACCGCAGAAGGUAGGACAGUGGAAAAUUCGCUUCCCACGUCCUCUUCAACACUUCACGGGUCACUUUCGACGCGCUAUCAGCGCGUGACUCCAAUCGGUCCCACAGGUCAUUCAACUCAGAGUCAACAGAUUAGGGAGCGUGACUCUUAUAAUAACGAUGUUUCUGCUCCAGGUGCCAUAAUGGCUCUCGGUUUUGCUUAUCUUGGCACCAAAAAUGAGACAGUUUCGAGUUGGCUGCAGGCACCAAACACCUAUCGCGAAUUAGAGUUAGUCCGGCCUGAUAUGCUCGCCCUUCGUAUAAUUUCCUGGGGUCUGGUAAACUAUGAAGACGUGAAGGCCUCCGUUGAGUGGAUACAAGCUCGGCUUCCAGCGUGUAUUUUAAAGCUGCUAAUGCCGGUGCCAUUAAAGGAGGGUCUGCGGGCUGCAUCGUCAGAGGAAAUGAAUGCUCCCACGUCACCAUUGGUUAUGUCUACCGAAACUGAUGUGGAAAAUAGAGAACCACGUCGUCGAGCACCUCCCAGUGAAAGGACUAAUCUACGUGGAAUUCCGGCUCGAAGGCAACCUCUUUCACCAAAGCUACCCAUAAUUCAGCCCCAUAGUCCAUUCACCCUACCAGAAGCUUCCAAAUUGCCAACCGUAGAUUACUCAACAAUUAGUCAAGCCUAUCUGAAUAUUAUCGUUGGUGCUUGCUUUGUGAUCGGACUGAAAUACGCUGGAACCUGCGAUUCGGAAGCAGCGGACCUUUUGCAUAAGGUGACUAUCAGUAUCCUCACCGGCGACUGGUGGCCACCGAACCGAGCCACCUUUAGUGAAACGACUGCGAUCACAUCUUCCUCUUCAAGAACAUUGUCAAAUUCCUUUAUCACCAAUGCACCACCACGACUGUACGAUCUACCUCCCAUGGAGCACUCAGUGCGAUAUGCCGCUGCAACCUGUCUCAUCGCUCUGACAAUGGUGCUGGCGGGCUCCGGCAAUCUAACUGUUCUCCGAAUGGUGCGUAAGCUGCGAGCCAUCCGCUUCUUUGGUCGCUGUCCUAAGACAGUUAUGGUCUCCUCGGCUGUGUCGCCAAGCUGGCCUUCGCCCGCGGAGACAGCCAGGCUCUUCCAGGUGGCUGCCACUGUCGCACAGACUACACCCAACAUUCAGGUGGGACCUAACAGCAAUCCUGCCAACCAACCCGUUUCAACGGCUGCCGUUCUUGGCUCUGUGUUGGCUCCGGAAUUUGGUCUGCAGAUGAUUUAUGGCAGUGUUGUCGGCCUGUUGUUUUUGGGUGGAGGAAGGCGAGCGAUAUUUAUGAAAGGUGUUUUGUUUGCUUUGUCUCCUUUACCGAUUCCUCGUUGUUUUAGAUUGACCCUCUCGAACUCUCCAGAGGCGGCGGCUUUGCUAACAAUCGCCUUCUUUCCACGUUAUCCCAUUUAUGCAGGUGAUAACUGGUAUCACUUGCAGUGUUUACGACACCUCUACGUACUGGCCACCAAACCGAGACGUCUCUGUGGAGUGAAUGUUUCAACCAACCAGGUGGAGCCUGUCACCCUGAAGUAUUGGUACAAAGAUAGGCCUGGGUGUUACACCUCCAAUCGGACGGCUGUCUUCACCUCUGACUUCUGGCAGUGUGGAUCCGGUAUUCAGCUCUCCUGUGGCGAAGUAUCCACCACUUUUGAACGCGGAACCGCGGAAUGGAAAUUACUCAAAAGGUCAUUGGACGAGGCCGGAUUCUUCUUCGUCACCAAGGCCCCCUUCCCCGAUCCGCAUGCACACUUUGAGGGAGUUAUUCAAAUGUGUCUCACCAACUGGCACAAGCCAAUGUGUAUGUGGCAACUGCGAUUAAUAGCCACUUUCCUCGCCUCUGAGUACCGAGGUCGCGCGGACGCCAACAAACGGCCGAAUAAACUGCUUCGAUCGUCUGGUGUUCUAGCUCAAUCUCUUGCAAUGCAAGUGACUGAACAGUUUCUUCUCCACGCUCGAGAUAUUCAGAGAGGUCUCCAUGUGUACUUCUUUGGAGACGCCUCAGAAAAGCGGUCUCUACCCUCCGAGGUCCGAUGGAAGACUAUCGGUUUCCGUAUCUGGUUCUCCCUACCUCCAUCCAGGCAACUUCGGUCGUGUUUACCCAUUCGUAAAAGCAAAGAAGUUUUACCUCCAGACUUCCACACUCCUCGUCAAUUCAUCAUGCUAGAAUUUCAUUCUCCCCCUUUAGCCAACAAAGACCAUCCAGUGUCUCUAUCGGACUUUUUGACAUCAAUCAGACCGGUUAAGAGUGUAAUUGACCCACAUACUGUCUAUUGGUUGUAUAAAUUUCUGUAUACUACAUUUUAA